AUGAGUAAAGAAGAGUUCUUGAAGAUCCAGAAAUGUGUUCUCAAAGUGAACAUACACUGUGAUGGAUGCAAGCAGAAAGUGAAGAAAAUCUUACAGAAAAUUGAUGGAGUUUUCACCACCGACAUAGAUGCAGAGCAGGGGAAGGUGACUGUCUCAGGAAAUGUAGACCCUUCCAUUCUCAUUAAGAAGCUUGCAAAAUCUGGCAAACAUGCAGAGCUCUGGGGUGCUCCAAAGGCUAAUAACAACAACAACCAGAGCCACAUGGCCAAUCAGCCCAAAAACAUGCAAAUCGACAAUGGCAAAGGUGGAAACAACAAAGCCCAGAAGGGUGGUGGUGGCAACAACCAGCCCAAGGGUGGGGGUGGUGGCAACAACCAGCCCAAGGGUGGUCAACCAGGCCAACAACAGCAGCAGCAGCAGCAGCAACUUCAGCAACUUCAGCAACAGCAGCAACUUCAGCAGCAGCAGCAGCAACAUCUUCAGCAACUUAAGCAGCUUCAGCAGUUUCAGCAAAUGAAAGGGUUCCAAGAUCUGAACCUCCCCCAAUUGAAGGGCAUGCAAGUGCCUCCUUUCAAGGCCCCAGCCCCAAACCCCAACCAGAAGGCUGUGAAAUUCAACUUGCGUGAGGAUGAGGAUUUGAGUGAUGAUGAUUAUGACGACCUUGAUGAUGAGGACUAUGAUGAUGAUGAGUUUGAUGAUGAGUUUGAUGAUGACAUGGAUGACCCCCAUCAUCCUCUUAAUAAGAUGAAACCUGUGAUGGGUAAUGGUAAGUUGCCUAAUAUGAUGGCGAUGAUGAAUGGUAACCAUCCACAGAUGAUGAAUAUGAAUGCUGCCCAAAAGGGUGGGAAUGGUGGUCAAAAUGGAGGUGGCGGUGGAGGUGGGGGUAAUGGGAAAAAGGGUGGUGGUGGGCCUGUGCCUGUUCAGGUGAAUAUGGGAGGUGGGAACAAUGAGGGUAAAAAUGGAGGAGGAAAGAAGGGUGGUGGUGGAGGAGAUCACAAUCAAAAUCAAGGUGGUGGAGGUGGAAAAAAUGGAGGCAAAAAUGGGGGAUUUCCCUCAGAUGGUAAAAAUGGUGGCGGAGCACUUAACAAGGGUGGUCCUAAUGCAAACAUCAAUAACGCCAAUGGGGGCAAAAAGGGGGGCGGUGGAGGCGGAGGUGGUGGCGGUGGAGGAAUGAGUGAAGCUCAAGCUAUGAGCAAUGCUUUUCACAACAUGGGUGGGCGCCCUCAGGGCAUGCCUGGAGGAGGUAAUAUGGGCCAGAUGGCCAACAUGAACAACAUGGCAAUGGGGCCAAUGGGUGGCAUGCCAAUGAGCCAAAUGGGCAACAUUCCAGCUGUUCAAGGCCUGCCGGCAGCACCGAUGAAUAGUGGCGGUGGCGGAGGCGGGGCCGGCUACUUCCAAGGAGCUGGGCCUGAGGCCAUGCCUGGAAACCCCUUCCAGCAACAACAAUACUUGCAAGCUGUGAUGAACCAGCAAAGGGCAAUGGGCAAUGAGAGGUUUUCGCCUAUGGUGUAUGCUAGGCCUCCACCAGCUGUGAAUUACAUGCCAGCUGGCCCACCACCCCCAUACUAUCCAUACCCUCCUCCUCCAGCUGGUGAAUACUCUCACUUCUUUAGUGAUGAGAACACCUCAAGUUGCAAUGUGAUGUGA